GAUACCUUCAUUUACAAUUAUUUAUGGUAUUUAAUAAUUAGAAGAAACAGAAUGACAUUAAUUAAUUGCAUAUUUUGUCAAAGUUCAAAGUUGCAAGUAAAGGUUAUAUAAUAGUCCAAAUAUCUUAAUUUCGGCUACUUUUUGCUUCUUUCUUCUUAAAAUUUGUUUUGCUAAAAAUAACAUAUACCAUUCUGUUCAUUUGGAAAUGUCUAGCAUAGAUAGAUAGUUUACUCAAAACUAAAGCAAACUCUACCACUGGUUAGUUACUAGUUAGUUACUGAGCCACAAGGCUUUGGCAUCAUUUCAUACCUUUUGCUGUGAAAAACUAAUUUCGAGGCAUAUAAAGUUCAUUCUAUAUGAAGAUGAAGUAAAUAGUCACUUUCCCACUAAACUAGAGAACCAAUGUCAUUCCCAGCCUCAGACUAUGAAAAUACACCAUUAUAAUUUGCUUACAAAUAUUAAAAUAUAUACAUUAACAUUCUUUUGAACUUGCAAGUUUAUAAUCUAUUCUCCUUUGGUUUUAUAUAACUAGCUUUCUUCUGUCGGUGAUAUCUCUAUAUAUACAUAAAUACAUGCUUCUAUGUAUAGAUAUUUAGAAUCCCAAAAGAAAAGGAAUAAAAAAAUAAGUGUACAUAGAAAAUCACAACAUGGGAAAAACAAUGGAUGCUCUGUUGGGAAAGAAGUUCAAAACUUCUAAAUUCAAAAACUUGGUGGAGCUUGUUUCGUCCAGAAUUGCUGUUUUGGAAAAGCAACAUCGUCUCAAGUGCAUGCAAGCACAGUCUGAUGUUGUUUCUCUCCUUAGACUUGGUCACCAAGAAAGUGCUCUUCUAAGGGUUGAGCUUGUGAUCACAGAGCAGGACAUCUUGGAUGCAUAUUCCAUGAUUGAAAACUUCUGCCAUCUUCUGGUGGAAAGGGUUGUGUCGAUAGAGAAUAACAAAGAGGUUCCUGAUGAUCUAAAGGAAGCCAUAUCGAGCUUGAUAUAUGCAGCCUCAAAAUGUGGAGAGGUUCAAGAGUUGGAAAAGAUCAGUAAGAUGUUCACCAAAAGAUUUGGUAAGGAAUUUGCCCAAAAUGCUGUUGAACUGUGUAAUCACUGUGGAGUUUGUCCAAAGAUUGUAAGCAAACUUUCAACUCAAAGACCAAACUUGGAGACCAAACUGACAAUGUUAAAAGAAAUUGCUUUUGCAAAUGGAAUUGAUCUGCAUAUUGAGGGAGAAAAUCUUAUGGUUAUUACUCAGGAGAUGAGACUGGACAGAAGCCAGAAGGAACUUGAACCACAGGAAUCUGCUAAAGAUGGUAAUGAACAAAACCAAGGUGAAAUCAUCCCUGAAGAAGUUAAGCCUAAAAAGAAAUACAGAGAUUUGAAGGCUUCUGAUAUCCAUGAAGUUCAAGAUGAGAAUGAUCAAGCUAUUAAUCAGAAAACACAAGAUGAAAAGAGAAACAUACUUGAAGAUGUUAUGCUUAUGAAGAAACACAGAGAUCCCAAGGCUGAUCAUGACAAGCAUGGAGUUCGACACGGCGAAGAAUGUUUGUCCACUAAAGAACCAAAACAAGGUGAAAGAGUUUCAGAUCAAGAAGGGAUUCAAAGGAGGAAAUACAAAGAUUUCAAGUCUGCAGCUCAGGCUGCUUAUAAGCUGGCGUCUCAUGCAGCUGUAGCUGCUAAAGAAGCUGUGGAAAUGUCUCAGCCUUCAGACAAAGUUCCUGGUGAUCGUCCAAGGAAAUCCACUGAAAAGAAAUUCUUAGUUCAUUUUGAUGAGUCUUCAAAUUCAUAUCAUUCUGUUCAAGGGAAGGAGGUUUUGGAAAAGAAAAAAAAGUCCCAUGACAAAAAGAUAGAAACAGAAAAAAACCAUGCUGAUCAAGUCAUUUCUAUUUCAAGUCCAGAAGGUGAAAAGAUUAAAACAAAUAGAAGAGGCCAUGUUAAGAGAGACUGAAUACCAAAGUACCAGUAUACAUAUUGAAAAAAAUUUCUAUGUAUAGAUAUAUAUGACAUCUUACAACUCAUUAUUUCUUCCGAGUAAUUGGUCGAAAGAAUGAUUAAACCAAAGUUGAGAGAGGUCUAGUCGGAGUAUUUCAGCUCUAAGAAGUGGAAACUUAAGAGUUAGAAAAGAUUUUGCUUGAGUGUAUAUGUUGUUUUUGGCUAGUAAACAACUGGAAUUUUUUUUAGUUGGAAACAAAAAGGGAAAUAAUAAUGAAAAUCCCAUUAUGAGUGAACUUUGUAAUUAUGCAAAAUAAUACGAAUUGUUGUAAAUG